AAUAUAGAUACUCGUACAAAUCAUAGUGGAAACUAAAUUUAAUCCCAACACAUAUUGUAUAAAAUGAUUAUUUCCGUAAUUGCUGUCAUUUUUGCUGCUUUAUGCAGCAUUGCUACUCCUGCACCACAACCUCGCAUUGAGUUUGAUAGGGUGACUUUUAUCAGCAAAUUUGACAAUAAGGUAAUCACCACAACGGAAUAUAUCGAGGAUCCAGGUCCGUACAACAUCUAUGCAUCCAUUGCUCAAAAUGACCAAGGGUUACCAGACCAAAGAUGGAGUGCGUACGUUUACGACGACUCAAGUAUUAACGUUUCUCCGCUGGGAGGACAAUUUUGGAACAGUUUCUCCACCUACAAACCAUGUCCAGAUUGCUUCGCAACGAACGAGAAUUGGGACGCCCUCUUGCAAAAUUCAACUUUAGAAUUAUUCUCACCGAGUCAAAUACUAAACUCGACAGCAAUGCUGAAGAGUCGUUGGACUGAUUUAUGCCUCACUAAUCCUGGCGACAACUACCUGAUGAAAGGUCCCUGCAAUGCAAGCGAUAUUGGUCAGAUCUGGACUAUUGUUUGGUUGGACCAGUAGUAUGUACAUAAACUUCAAAGCAAAUCAUUGUACGAGGAUUUAACGAAUUAAAUAAACUUGCACUGAACCUGA